GGGUGACAAACCAGGCAUUUAUUGCGCCGCCCGGAAAGCCGCAACAGUGCCUUACAGAUGCAUAAUCCCACAUACGACGAUGCCUAAGCAAUUCCGUGCAGCCCUCCUGCUGCUCGGCGCGGCGGCCAGACCAUACAUAAAAAUAGCAGAGCCCCUCCAGGACGCCGUCGUCUACGGGGAGGACGACGGGACGGGCCAGAACAUCCGGGGCGUGCGCCUCGUGCUGCACUACUACGAUUUGCCGGACGACGGCUACGACCGGCUGCGCGUCGUGACGCGCGUCGACCGCGGCUACACGAACACGCUGGGCCCGCCGCUGCCGGACAGCACGCUCACGCUGUCCUCGCGGCUGGGCACGCACUUCCUCGAAAUUGUAUUAAGGGAUAGGGACGAGCCCGACGGCGACUUUGGGGACGCCGCGACCGUCACGUACGACUUAGUGCCGGCGCCGGGCGACGCUAUUUUGCGGGAGGCGGGCGAGGUGAAGGACGUAGAAGGCGUCAUACGACCGCGCGGCGACGAGCUGAGCCACGCGGCGUGCCUCGACCGACGGGAGAGGCCGAUCCGCGUCGUACUCGCGGGCCAGCUGCAGCUGGGCGGCCAGUCCAUGCUCGCGCUGGAGCAGGCGCGGCGGCUCCCCCUUAUUAAAACCUGGUCCGGUCGACGGGCGUUCUCCCUGGACUUCGCCUUCGCCAUACCCCCGCAGCCGAACCGGACGACCGGGCCGCUCGAACCACUACUAAAAGCGUUGGACGUUCCGGUGCACAAGUUCUACACGCAGAUCCCCGGACACUUGGUGAGGGAGUGGGGUCGCGGGAACACGACGAACCGACUGUCGAGCAUCCUGGCGGCCGCGCGUCAUCUCGACGAUUUGGCGGAGGACGUCCGAGGCAUCAUCCAGCCCUUCGUCGACGUGGUCAAGGGCGCGGACAUAUUUAGCUUUACGAACCACGAGAACCACCGCCAUGAUGAUAGGACGAUGGUCGAGGCGGCGCGCCUCGCGGGCGUGCCUCAUAUAUUGUGCGAGCCGUCGAACCUGUGGUGGGGCUCGCUGCCGACGGGCGCCGACGGCACGGCGUCGGCGCUGGUCGUGCCGUCGCACUUCGCGGGCCGCUUCUGGCGGGAGCGCGGCGCCUUGACACAAGCGGCGGUCGUGCCCCCGGGCUUCGAGGCCGGGCCCAUUCUCCGACAGGAGACGAAUGUGAGUCGGGUGCGCUUCGGCUUCGUGGGGCGGCUCGCGCCCCAGAAGUCUCCUGGGCUAUUUAUAAGGGCCGCGGCGGCGGUGGGAGCGGCCUACCGGCACACGCCGCUCGACGUGUCCUUCGCUGUGUUGGGAGACGGCCCGCUGCGCGAACCGCUGGAACGAUUAGCUCAUAGAUUGGGUCUGCGCGUGACGGGCGGGCGCUACGUUUCAGAAGAGAGAGGGCCCGGGACGGAAAUGCAUUUCGCGGGCUGGCUCGAGCCGUCCGACGUGAGAGCGGCCGUGCGCGAGUCGUUGGACGUGGUGGUGCACUCGAACGUAUUGGAAGAAACCUUCUGCAUGUGCAACGUGGAAGCGAUGGCCGAAGGGAAGGCCGUGGUCACGUUCGGCGUGGGCGGCGUCUCCGAGUACUUACGACGGGGCGACGCGCACGGCAUCGUGGUGGAUACGCCGUCGGUGGCCGGGCUGACGGAGGCGCUGCUGCGCGUGGCCGAGGACUCGGAGUGGAGAAGACGUCUCGGUGCCGAGGCGGCGCCGCGCGUCCGCGGGCUGCACGGAGGCCAGGACCUGUCCUUCGACCGCAUGGCAGUGCAGUACGCGAACCUGUACUCUGGUCUGGUCUGCCCCGCGCGGGAUCUUAACCAGAGAGCUCAAGACGUGGCCUGCGUCGGCGUCGACGGCGAGAAAGCCGACGAUGAGAACCCCGGGGCUUUGUUAAGAAGGGACGAGUACUGGGCGGCGGCCUGCGGCGUGGCGCGGCUGCUCCCGUCGAACGACAACCCCCAGAUGCGCCAAUUACUCGCACUGUUAUUGGGGGAGGCGACGAGGAUCGACCGCGAGAACGUCACGCCUUUACUGAAUACGCGGGAGCGCGAGGCUCUGUUGGUCGCGGCGGCGGUCGCCGAGAGCGGGCUGCCGAAUACGACGUUAGAUCGGCGCGGCGCGCUCACGGCGCUCGCCGCGCAGUACCUCACGAAGGCUCAGGGCGCCGUCGACCAAGCGGCGACGCACUGGGAGGCUCUGUUCAAAUUGAGGAGGCCCGUGCUGAACUGUUCUGGAUCUCUGUGGUCUUACGCCGUCCCGGACACGGCGGCGCUCGUGUUCAUGGAGGACGGGUCGGGCGGCGUCCUGCAGAUGGGCGCGACGGGCCUCAAGCUGUCCAAUUUAAUUCCCGACCGACCGUCGGACUUCGAGGCGACGCCGGGGAAAUUGAGGCACGCGGCCGCGCAGUUCGCGCACCUCGCGUCGACGGGCGUCGAGCUCGCGCCGAGUGUCGUGGACGCGCUCGCGCCGUGUUCCGUCACGAGCCUGGACGAGCUCGCAUCAUCUUACGCCGACGCAGCAGAGCGCCUCUCCGCUAUCUCGCAAGACGACGAGACGGACGCGCGGUCGUUAAGGGAGGUCGCGUCCGACGCCGUGCUGCCCGUGUUAGCCACUUUGGAUCGGGGCGUGCACCUGUACAUGCCGCGAUCGAUGGACAGCGAGGCCGUGCUUAUUGAUGAGCAGACCGCUGCGAAAGCGACGGCGGACUUUGAGCGCAUUAACCUUUGUGUGAUUGAUGGUGCGUUGUCGGACCACGCGUUAACGCAUUUGCGGAAACAGCUCGUGGAGUCGACGGUCUGGUACGACGCCAAAAGGGGCCACCUCGGAGCGUACCUAGAAGACGGCAUCGCCUCGGGUCUACUCCUGCAGGUCGUCGAGGAGUUCGGAGCAAAAUUACCGGACAUCGUGGGGCCGAAACGCCUCGUGCAGGCCUGGGGCUACAAGUAUCAUGGCCAGGAGGCGGACAUGGGCAUACGGCCCCACGCCGACGAGGGCGCCGUCACGGUCAACUGCUGGCUCACGCCGGACCGCUACAAUCUUAGGCAGGGGAGCGGUGGAUUGAGGAUCUACAACGCGUCGGUGCCCGACACGAUGCCGUUUCUGCAAGCGAAUCGGGAUUUCAGGGCCGUGCGCAAGCACGUCGAGCAUGCGGACCGCGUGGACGUGGACCACCGCCAGAAUCGGUGCGUCGUCUUCCGGUCGGCGCUCGUGCACGAGACGCUGCCCUUUUAUUUUGAGCGAUCGUAUGACGCCUACCGCAUCAACCUGUCGCUCAUGUACGGCGUGUCCGACUGGCGGAGCGCGUACCAGUCGUCGCCCGAUGCUUCGGCUUAGUAAGUUUGUGUGUGUUA